UCUUCUCCAAAAAAGAUUCAAACAAGUAUUUCAAGCUUUUAUCAUGACAAACUGAUACCCAAUAUUGGGUUGGCAUUUAUUGUUUUAUCACAGUUCUUCAAUUCAAUUAUGGUUGUAAGUACCAAGUUAUUAGAAACUGAUCCAGAAUUUGAAGAACCAAUUCACCCUUUCCAAAUCUUGUUUGUUAGAAUGAUAAUUACAUUCGGGGGAUGCUUUGCAUACUUGAAAUAUAUUAGAAAAGAACCAGAGAUCUUUGGACCAAAAGAGAUCAGAUGGUUACUAGUGCUGAGAGGAGUUGUGGGGUUUGUUGGUGUUUUUUCCAUGUAUUAUUCAUUGAUGUAUUUGUCAGUAUCAGAUGCAGUUGUUAUAACUUUCUUAGUACCAUCUGUUACAGGAUUUCUAGCGUGGGCCAUUUUAAGAGAAAGAUGGACCUUAGUUGAAGCAAUUGGUGGUCUUGUUUCAUUAUUAGGGGUGCUGUUAAUCGCCAGACCAAGUUUUAUAUUUGGCACUUCAUCAUCAUCUAGAGAUCAUAGUGUGGAAUCAUCUAACCCAGAAGAGAGAUUAUUAGCAACAUCUGUUGCACUGUGUGGUGUUUUGGGUGCCAGUGGUGUUUACAUAGUGAUUAGAUUCAUUGGUAAAAGAGUUCAUUCAUUAGUUACAGUGCAGUACUUUGCUGCAUUAUGUGUUGUGAUCAGCUUGGCUGGUAUCAUUGUUGUUCCUGGAUUAUCAUUCAAGAUUCCACAUACUUCAAGACAAUGGACCCUUUUUUUCGCAUUGGGUAUUAGUGGAUUCUUUAUGCAAUUUUUAUUAACUGAAGGGAUACAAAGAGAAAAAGCCAGUAGGGCUUCAGCAAUGCUCUACACUCAAAUGCUUUAUGCAAUUAUUUGGGAAGUCAUAAUCUGGCAUCAUUUACCAAAUAUUUGGAGUUGGUUGGGCAUUUUCAUAAUCUUGGGCUCAGCAUUUACUGUCAUUUACUAUAAACCAAAAGAG